AUGACCGUUCAUAACGAACUAUUACCAAAAAGUCACAAGAUAUUUCGUUUUGGCACUGGUUUUGUAUUGACACUAACUGAUAAUCAAAUCAACAAAAUACCAUAUCUAGCUGCACUUGUCUCUACUGCUGAUUUUUUUGAAGCUGCACGUGAUGAUCAAGGCCAUUUUAUUAUUCAUCCCAACAUCGAUAUCAAGCAGUUUCGUUUCAUCUUAGACUGGUUUCCAUGCCGUUUUAUACAAGAUAUUUUCAUUCGUCUACCUGACGACUACGAUACAGUAUCAGCUAUUGUUCACAUGGAUUAUCUUGGCCUUCUCAAUCAUUCAGAUCCAUCUUUGGAUGAAGUAGAUUCAUCUUUUUUCGGUAUUACCUACAAUCCACUAACUAAUUUGUAUACCGAAAAAAUUCGACCAUCAGAACUGCGGGACAUGGCUGUUCGAUUCGCAAUUGCACUCAUUAGAGAAGCAUAUGACGUAACUGAUGACAAAGUGCAUGAUCGAAUCUAUUGGUAUGUGAUGUUCAUCAUUAGUGCUCAUACAUUAUUUGAUCCAAAUAUUCGUUAUCAUGUGUACAAUGUGGCUAAACAUUAUUUUAGUUUAUUUAAUCCAUGCCUGAUUAAACGUUUAAAUCGCCUUCGAAGCAUUCAAGAUAAAUAUGCACAAUUGAAUCGAUUAAAGACAAAUGAUCAAUUUAGGGAAGCGAAUCUUUAA